AUGACAGCCAGACCCUUGACUGCCUCGCUUGCCCAGGCCCGCGGCAGAUUGGCGGCAACCACGGUCGGCAGCCUGGCCUUCUUCGCUGGAGGCUACAACAGCGCUUCGGGGGUCUCUUCCGUGUGCGACAUCUACAACGCGUCGUCCGGCAGCUGGACGCAGGCAUCGCUCCCCCAGGGCCACUACAGCUUGGCCGCAACGUCGGUCGGCGGCCUGGCCCUCUUCGCCGGAGGCUACCGCGCGACUGCGGCUCUCUCCUCCCGGGUGGAGAUCUACAACACGUCAUCCAACCUCUGGACCAACACCUCGCUCAUCCAGGCCCGCUACCUCAUGGCCGCUACCUCGGUUGGCGGCCUGGCCUUCUUCGCUGGAGGUGUCGCUACCAGUGGGAGCUUCUCCAAUGUGGUGGAGAUCUACAACGCGUCGUCCAACCUCUGGACCAACACCUCGCUCUCCCAGGCCCGUUACGGCUUGGCGGCAACGUCGGUCGGCGGCCUGGCCUUCUUCGCCGGGGGCAACGAUGGGGGUUACUGCAACCGGGUGGACAUCUACAACGCCUCAUCCAACCGCUGGACGCAAGCCACACUCUCCCAGGCCCGCUGGGACUUGGCAGCCACCUCGGUCGGCGGCCUGGCCCUCUUUGCUGGAGGGGCCAUCAGUGGUUCGAGCUCCUCGGCGGUGGUGGACAUCUACAACGCAUCGUCCGACAGGUGGACCACGGCCACGCUCGCCCAGGCCCGCCAGAACUUGGUCGCCACCUCGGCCGGCAGCCUGGCCUUCUUUGCUGGCGGCUUCGAUAGCUCGAAUGGCAUCUCCUCCUCCAUGGUGGACAUCUACAACGCGCUGUCCGACAGCUGGACCACGGCCUCGCUCUCCCAGGCCCGCCACUUCUUGCAAGCAGCCUCCGCCGACGGCCUGGCGCUCUUCGCCGGAGGCUACGAUGGGGCCGUGCACUCCUCCGCGGUGGACAUCUACAACAUCUCGGCCACUCGCUCGGCAGUUCCGGUCCCUUUAACCGUCGUGGCGGCCGAGUUCAACCUCACCACGCCGGCCAUUACCAUCAGCAGCAGCCAAUCAUCAGGUAAGGUCGUCGACCUCAACUUGGUGAGUCUGGAAGAGAUCUCGCCACUCGACACCGUGCUGGAGACGAUCGAUCUCCAAGACGUGGGGUGGACGGUGGAGCAGAAGAAUGGAUCAGCAACAGGUGGCCAGACCAGCGAGUACGUCUUCACCAGCCAUCUCGGCGCGGCGACCAGUGGAGCCAACAACGCAACUCUUCAAUACCUCUUCAACACCUUUGGCUCCGAUGAGCUCAUCACCACCGAGAGCAACUACACCUUCACGGUCACGCCAGCGUUGCUCAAGUUUUCCCUCAACGUCGGCUCGUGGAAAUGGAAGAACGCCACGUCGGGCAAGCUGCGGUUGGCGAUCAGGAUCUCUCCCCCGUUCGUGCGCUACACGCGGUGGGUCGACACGCCGCAGGCGGGCAUGACCACGUUCCACUUCGCCAGCGCCACGGCCGACCAGGCCAGCACCGUGGUGCGUCUCCUCAAUUUUGCCGAGCAGUCGGGAGAAAGCCCGUCGCGCGUGUCGAUGGCAGCUUCGGCAGAGGUCGCCAGCUCGUUGCUGCUCCUCACCUUCGACCACUUCAACGACACUCUGCUGUUCGACCCAGAUUUUGGACUGUUGCUGAGCGGCCACGAAGGGAGUGGUCAAGGGGGAAGCAGCGAUGAUGUGGGCCUCAUCAUCGGCGUGUCGGUGGCGAUACCACUGGCCAUAGCAUUCGUCCUGUUGUUCAUCGCCGUUGCGUUGGCGGUGGCUGUCCUCAAGCGCAGAGCGGCCAGGAGCAGAGGAGCGGUUGCCUUUGACGCCAGUACCCUCGACAGUGACGAUCAGCUGUAG